GGGCCGACGAGCCCCCGGCAUGUCGCAAGGGCUCCCGGCUGCCGGCAGCGUCCUGCAGAGGAACAUCGCGGCGCCCGGGAACCAUUCUCAGCCGCAGAGCCCCGAGGAUGAUGACAGGAAGGUCCGAAGGAGAGAGAAAAACCGAGUUGCUGCUCAGAGAAGUCGGAAGAAGCAAACCCAGAAGGCUGACAAACUCCAUGAGGAAUAUGAGUGCCUGGAGCAGGAGAACACAGUGCUGCGGAGGGAGAUCGGGAAGCUGACGGAGGAGCUGAAGCACCUGAGCGAGGUGCUGAAGGAGCACGAGAAGAUGUGCCCGCUGCUGCUGUGCCCCAUGAACUUUGUGCCCGUGCUGCGGCCGGACCCCGUGGCCGGCUGCCUGCCCCGGUGAAGCCCAGCGAGGAGCCUCGGCCUUUCUCACACCUGGGAGCAGGGUUCCCUCCGCAUCCGCGUCCAAGGGGACCUGCGCCCAGGCCUCCCCACCGAUCCUCCUCCUGAGGAGGUCAUCUGCUAGCUCCUCGGGUUGUCUUGCGGCUCAUGGGUCUUGCUUCCCUGUCCUGGUCAUCUCCCCCACGGCCACACCCAUGUUAGAUGGGGAGGCACCUUGCCAGGCCUCCUGCACGGAGCCCUGGGCCACGUCCCACGGGCACCUGACUCCGAGCCUUGAGCGGAUCCGGCCCCGAGACCACCCUCAUGGCUCACUUCACCUCCACUAUGGCAGCUAGUAGGUUCCGCUGUGACACAGAAUCAUUUUCUCUAGAAUCUGGAUAAUAAAGGUGGUUACUGUCUCUCCUUUUGCCAAGUUCUUAGAAUUUAGACACCAUCUAUUUUCUCUUCCUGGAGAGGUGUCCCCUGUCUCCUAGGUGGUUUUGUAGCUCACGGAUCUCACUUUCCCCUCCUGGUCAUCCGCCCUCCCUCCUCUAAGCCAGGUGGGAAGGCUGAGCAAAGGCCAAAGGACCUUCCCUGCCACCCCAGCAGGGUCACAAAGGGGCUUGCAGACCUGUGCAGCUGUCCUGACUGCUGAUCUGCUCUGACCCCUCCUGUGUCACUGCUAUUUAACUGGGUGUCUGUUCCUGCUGGCCCUGUGGCAGUGAACCCACUGGGCCUCAUCCCCGUGGCUCCAAAUGAUAAUCCAGGGACCAGUCUCCUUCCAUUUAGUUGCUCUGUACCCUCAAGGCAUUGCAGUCCCCCUCGAUCUCCUACUCCCCCUGGGAGACUCAGGAGAAGGGGUACAUGGAGGGUGUGGGGAGAGGCUACAUCUUAGAGGUGACAGUGAAUAAUUUUCUUCCCACAUUUCACUGUCAGACCUCAAUCCCACAGUUACAAGGGAGGUAUUGAAAUAAAAUGUAGCUUCAUGAU